AACCUUGUUGCGGCGCAAAAUAAAAGGGAUUUUUUAAUUGUAUUUACGUAAUUACAUCAAGAAAAUUACCGUCUUAUCCACCUAAGAUAAGGGAUGGAUUCAGAAGACUCGCGUGAUGGGUCUGGAGAUAAUAAAUCCUCAUCUAGUAGUGGCAGCUCCAGUUCAAGAAGCCGCAGAAGUUCAUCUUCUGAUAGGAGUGAAGGUACCAAAAAAGGUGCAAAAUCACCACCACGGUCUCCACCUAGGUCACCAUCAAGAUCUGAAAGGCAUCAUUCACCAUCGCCCGAGAGUCGGUCACAAUCUUCAGUACACUCCCCAUUACUUGGGAAAUCCCCAAGAUCCCCAGGAAAUUUGAGUGGUGCUCAUUCUGACAUAAAUUCUCCUGAAAAUUCAAUGCCUGCUUCGCCAGCAGGUCCUAAAUCUCCAGAAGGUCCGCAUUCACCCAGUGAUGCUGGCUCAAAUGUUGGUUCACCAGAACGUACAUCUGCUCCUUCAGGCGGUGAAGGGCCAAAGACACCUCAAAGUCCGAGUAGUUCAGCACGAUCUGCUCCAGGUUCACCGGAGUCUAGAUCUCGUCCAGCCUCUCCAGAUUCUGCAUCUCAGCCCACUUCUCCCCCCUCCAGAAAUCCCAACAGUUUCCGACCCUCAAGCCCCUCCCCGGACAGGACUUCUUCGCAGUCCUCACCAGAUAUAUCUCAAGUAAAGAAAAUUGAGAGGAAUCCCAAGGAGCCUUGGAGAAGACAUACGAAAGCAGAACAAAAAAUGGUUGCUGUUCCACGAAGCCGGAGCAGAUCUGAUUCUAGUAGAUCAAGCAGAAGUUCAUCAUAUAAUAAGAGAUCCAGUGCUAAGGAUCCGGCUACAGAGGAAAUUUCUGAAGGUGAAAUGGAAUCAGAUCAAGAAGACAGGAAAUCAAGGAGCAAAUCCAUUGCUAGUGAGAAGGGUGAUGCCAAGGAUCUGAAUAUCAGCCAUGAGGACCUUUCUGAUGUGUCAGACUUAGAUUCAGGGGCUGAAGAUAAUGAAAAAGAUAAUAAGAGAAAGUCACCACCCAUAUCACAGGAAACCAAAACAGAAUUGAAAAUUAAUGGAAAUAAUACUGGAAGUACACAGUCUUCACCUAAAUCUGAGACUGGUAAAAUAGAUAUACCUAAAUUAGAAAAAGUACCUCAAGAAAAGACGAGCAAUACCGAGGAUGGAGAAGAGCAAUUAGAUUUUGAGGCUGAAGAAGGCGAAUGCAUUGACACUAAGCCUAAAGAUCACUCAAAUGGUGAAUCUGAGGCUUUGGCUGAAAAAGAAGAUAUAAAGCCCGGGAAGCGUUCGCGAGGCUCGUCACUCGAGGAAGGCGAAGUGUCUGAUGAAGGCGAGCGUCGCCCGGAGGAGAGUGAGCCUCGGCCAGUCUGCCGGUUCUUCUCACGCGGCGCUUGCACUUGGGGUGUUAGUUGCAGGUUUCUGCACCCCGGAGUGACAGAUAAGGGCAAUUACAACAUGUUCGAUGUGGUGCGCGGCGUACCGGCUACAGGAUCGUACCCCCCGCCCGUAACCCGCGAUCUCGCGCCACCCGAGUCUGCUUGGGAGCGUGGUCUGCGCACGGCUAAAGAGAUGCUUCGAAUAGCUAAUAAACGUAAAGAGCAAGACAUGGACUUCGAAGAGAAAAAGUUACACUUAUCGGUGGGUGGCGUAGUUCACGAUCCGGAUGCAGAACUGGCAUACGCAGCGGCCGCAGUAGGGGCAUCGCCUCCGCAACCUCAUCAUCACGAAUUGGCCCCUCCGCCGCACCGCGACCCAGACAUGUAUAGGGCAUACGGCCCAAUGUACCGCGGCGGGCGCUACCCACGUGGCCCAGCGGACGAACGGGAGUUCUAUGAACGAGAGCGGAUAUAUGAGCGCGAGCGUGUCUACGAACGACCGCCGCCUUAUGACGAGCGCGGCGCGCCACCUAAUGAGGAAAUGCCAUAUCAUAAGCGCCGAGUUCGUCCGUCACGAGAAGUAAUAGUUCAGCGUGCAGAAGUGGAACGACGAGAGCCACGUGACGCGCGCGAGAUGCGUGAAGGGCGCAUGCGCGAGGGCCGUGGAGACGAGUGGGCAGAUCCCUGGAUGCGCGCUGAGCCUGCCGCAAGACGGCGACGACCGCCGUCCUCCGACUCCUAUUCGUCAUCUAGCCCUUCAAAUUCCAGUUCUCGCAGCUCUCGUUCACCGGGUGCCCGCCGCAAGAGGCGAGCUUCUUCAUCUUCACGACAGAGCAGACUGUCACCGUCGGUGAUAGUGCGCGAGCGGCGCUUGGCAACGGCGCGUGCGACGGCUAUGAACCCCCCCGCGCCGCGCCGACGCGCGCCCUCCCCAGCCGCCGCGCGACAGCUAGCGGUCAACCCGCCGCCGCCGGCUUCACAUCGGCAUAAGGACGAAAUCGAUCCGUACGGCCGCAACAAAGCCACGACUCGCAAUAGAGAUAGGAAAAAGUAUUCAAGAUCAUCGUCAUCUGGUUCAGAAUCAUCGACGUCAUCAAGUGAUUCGGAGAGUGAGUCUCAUACAUCUUCUUCGUCGGGCAGCUCGGGCGCGCGGCGCGCUCGCCACGCUCGGUUGCUCAACGCCGCCGCCAGACCAAGGAUGAACGCUAAGAGCGCUGUAGCAGCAGCAGUGACUAUUCCAAAUAAAAAGGAAGCCCCUAGUGAGAAAGAAACGGCCAAAAAACGGGCGGCGACGUCGCCUAUGAGCGGGGCUCCAGCCAAGAAGUCUGUCUCGCGGCGUGAAGAACUUCUCAAACAGUUGAAGGCUGUGGAAGACGCGAUUGCUCGGAAACGAUCCAAGAUAUAGGAUCCAGGUUCGCGAUAUACCAUGAGUAUUGCGGACAAUGUCUCAAAAUUCAUAAUAGGCAUUCGCACUGGUACGUCAAGGUGGCCUGCGUGACAAAGUGCUGCAUGAAUAUAUCCAGUUCUAAUGGCCCUUUAUUCGGCCUACAGUCAAUACACUGGUGGUGUACAAAUAAGCAUUUAAGUUCUUUGUGAUGUUCAUGGGUAGUUUAUAUGUUGACUUUGGAACCAUUAUUGACUAUUAGUAAGCAACUAUAUUCUCUUAGACAUCAGGUUCAAUAUUUAUUGUAUGUGUAUACGUAAACUGUAUCAACUUUGACUAAGUAAUUCUUUCAAUGUCGCAAAACGUGUAUU